GAACUAUCUCUCCCUCGACCCCUCGACAUCAACUUUGUGAGUCAGUGUCUGCCUGCAUUGCCAAAGAUCGCGAACAUGCAGACAACGCUUUCAGAGACUCUGAGAUCAUUGCAAAUAACGCUUGAACAGGCUCAACGCGUGAUCUCUGCGCACCGCAGGACCACAUCUCCCGUGUCUGCGGUGGAAGAGUUUAAACACAAGGGAUACAGCGCGUUCACCCCGAUCAAGACAUUUGUGAUCAUUCUAGCCGAUGGCGCCCAGUACACCUUGAAGAUCUCUCCUCCAGCUAUGGCCAACAUGGCACCAGUGUACGCACCGAACACCCUCAACGCAGAGCAUGCUUUCCUGCAGCUCCUCGUUUCUCGGACGAACGUCCCUGUACCCAUCCCUUACGCGCUAGACACCACUCUCUCCCUCCUCCCUUACCCAUACCUCCUCCUCUCGCGCCCACGCGGCCUUCCCCUUUCCCAUCUACGAGUUUCGGGUACGCUCACGCCACCCCAGUCGCUCAAGCUCGACCUCCGCGCGGGCGCCUACCUGCGCGAGCUGCACGAUCUCGAGAACGAGUGGUUUGGGCUCCCUGCGCAGGAGCGCGAGGGGAUCUACAACUGGCAGGAGGCGUUCACGGGCCUGAUCGAGGGGCUCCUCGAGGAGGCGCAGGCGCGGGGCAUUCCGCUGCCAUACGAGGACGUGCGCAAGAUGCUCUCGCGCGCGAUUGGGUUCUUCCUGUUUGACGACUGCGAGGUGCCGGCGCUCGUGUCCUUUGCUGGCGACGAGGAUAUGAUCUACGUCGACGUGGAUGCUAAGCCUGAUUAUGCAACUGAAUACGCGGACGAGAGCAUGGAUGAAGACAUGGAAGAUGUUGAUGAGAAUAGCCUGGUCAAGAGCAGUCCCGACGAUGAGCUCCCGAUCACAUCCUUCCUGUCGUUUUCUCACGCGCUAUGGGGAGACCCGCUUCUCGAGGCGAUGUUCCUAGAUCCCAGUGCAGCGCUGCUAGAAGGCCACGGCGGACAGCUCAUCAUAUUCCCGCGUCAUAAGACGAAGCGGCUGUGGUACACAUUCUUUCUGGCGCUCAUGGUUCUCGUGCAGGCCAAGAGACAGGAAGAGGUGGGCUUGCUGUGGGUGAAUGAAGACAAGGCGGAAUGGGCAAGACGCACACUAGACCAGUGCGUGCGGGAUUUGAAGGAUGCGCCUUGCUACUGAGUGGAUAUAUAUCAUUGAUUAUCUAUGGACUACCAUCUAGUGCUCUGUAUUGAAUGGAACGGUCUCCUGGAUUCUGAUUUACAAAUAUCUGUUCGCGACCUGUCUUGACUGGAAUCAUUAAAUGCAAAACUAUGAUUAUACCGAUUAUACCGAUUUAUUUCCUCUCCUUCUCGCGAUGUCUCACUUUCUCCAGCGGAAGUUUUGCAUUGCAUCCUCUGCUUCUGUUUCAAGACACUCAGUCCACUUGGACGGUCACCUGUGGGUGGAUGGAGCCAGUGUCCGCCCUGGAGUUGAGCAGCAGGCUGUGGGUUAGCCGUAAGUUCCUGAUCGGUUAUAAAUGUUACUCGCAUU